AUGGCCCUAAACGCACUCCCUCCCCCAUCCAAUACUGACUUGAGGAAUUCGUUGGGUGGUAACUCUUACACCACGCUGCUGACGACCGUCGAUCCAUCUGCGGCGAACUACGAAGAGUCUCUCAACUCGCUCUUCUUUGCAGACCGCUGUCAGAACGUCCAGAACAAGCCCAUCCAAAACGUGGCCAAAGCGGAUGCCGAGGGGAAUGAAAGGCAGAUCUCCAAGUUAACUCUGGAGAUCGUCAACCUCAAGCACCAGCUGGAAGUGGCGGGCGCUGCUCUGGGGCCACUUGGGCCUUCUGGAUGUAGGAGUGUUAUAAGUUUAGGGUUUAGGGGUUUGAGGUAUCAAUCCUAA